GCACGCACACGGGGAUCAUGGGAAAUGAAGUCCUGAAUUUAUUAUAGGCCCAUAAUAAAGAUGACGAAAUGCUGUAGCCCAUGGCUUUUGAUCUGUAGAUGGCGCUGGGUCCCAACGCAUACCCAUCACCCCGCAUCAUUUGAUGGAGAUACUUGGAUGGAGAGAGAGAGAAAGAGAGAGGGAGAGAGGAGGUUCUGCUAGUCACUGCAGUCACGUUCUCUCCCUCUAUUCACGCGCAGUGCACUUGCCUAGCGAUGCUACAGCGGUUCCUCCUCCCUUAUGUAUUGGACUGUACAGCUACAAGAGGCGGGAGAUGCGCAUCAGCAACCCGCUACCCGCCGAAGCUCUCUCCACUUCAGGACGGAAGAGACUAAAUGUGGAUGCAUUCAGGUGCAAACUUGCAUGAACUAAAAAAUUGUCCAUGUCGGGGUUUCGGGAUGUUAGAUAGCUGCACGUAGCCUUUUCUAGGGCUAUAUUUCACUGUUGGACGAGGGAUUCGGCGGCGUCCUCAGCUGUUGCAUUUGGGGGCUGAAGUGUUCGGAGCACAGAGAGAGGUCAGGCAACUAUGCAUUUGAUUUCGAACGGUAAUUCCGGAUCAGUUUGACUGCGAGCGGAGGUUGACUGUCAGUGUCCUCUGAGUUGUAUUUCAAGCCUUUUUGUCGCCGGUAUUCCCGACAACGGAACCGUAGGGAUGGAAAACGCUAGUCAGCCACAGCUUUCGCUGUCCAUAACAAAGAGUGAAAGUCCAGCGGAGGACAUCUCAAAUAUACAGGACGAGGACCUUCUCAAGUGGACCAAAGAGGAUUUGGUGCGGCGGCUCCGGCGGUCUGAAGCCGAUAAAAUGAGCGUGAUACUGGACCACAGCAAUCUGAUCCGCGAGGUCAAUCGCAGCCUCCAGCUGCACUUGAACGAGAUAAGAGGGCUGAAGGACAUCAACCAGAAACUGCAGGAGGACAACCGGGAGCUGAGGGACCUCUGUUGCUUCCUGGAUGACGACCGUCAGAAGGGCAAGCGGGUGUCCAGGGAGUGGCAGCGACUGGGGCGCUACAGCGCCUCCAUCAUGAGGAAGGAGGUGACGUUGUACCUUCAGAAGCUCAAGGAGCUGGAGGUGCGGCAGGACGAGGGUCGGGAGAACCUGGAUCUCAAAGAACUCUGUUUGUUGCUCGACGAGGAGAAAGGAAGAGGUGGUGGAGGGUUGGGGGUUGGUGGAGGAGGAGGAGGGGGAGGUUGUGUGGUGGGGGUGGCAGGAGGGUGUAGGAAUUCUAUUGAUAGCCAGAGUAGUUUGUUGCUGGUCCCCGGGACAGGGUUGUUGAUGAGGGACGUGGGGGAUGGGAGUAGUACUUCUAGCGCGGGGAGCGCCGACAGCUCCGAUCACCCCCACCACAAGCAGCUCCACCUGGUUACACACGCCGGUAGCCUCGGGGGCGGUGGAACUGGGAGCCCGGAGCAUCUCCAAAAGCCCCGGGCUGGCAGUGUGAGUGGAGAACGUGAGAUCCCCUCCAGCCCUGAACCUCCUCACCCCCAGGGCAGGCACCGUAGCACCAGCCUGGAGUAUCCCUACGCCAUGCCCCAGCUCUGCCGGCCCCGCUGCGGCUCCAUCUCGGUGCCCGACCACACCCAUAGCGCCCGUUCCAUGCGGGGGCUCAGCCCCGAGAAGUACGGCCGCAACGUGGGACGCCGGAGCCCCGAGUCCCAGCACCCAUCCACCAAGCACCACCACCUCCACAGCUCCGACCUGCUUCUCUCCCAGAAACAGCAGCACCUCCUGGGGUCGGGUCAGGGCGGCAGCGCCGGGGAGCUCUACCAGAGGCACCACAUGGGGAGCAUCGGGAGCGGAAGCUGCUGUGGAAGCCCCGAGCCCAGACAGGCACAUCUAGGGUUGGGGACGCCAGAGCACCAGCACCAUGAGAAGGGCUGUGUGAUGUCAGCCGGGGGCAGUCCAGAGACUCACAGGCACCAGUAUAGUGUGAGUCCAGACCACAUGAAGUUCGGCAGCCCUGGGAGAGAGGUACAGAAGAGACCGGCCACCGCUGAAGAGCUGUCACCGCAUCACAGGAGCAUCUACAACGGCAUGAACG